GCGUUCUCUUCCUUCCUGAGUUCUCCUUCCUCUGUCUGAACUUCACAGACUCUCUUCACAUGGCAAACCCUAGUUCUAGGGUUGUAAGACAGCUUCUUUUGCCCAAUAAACCCAUUUCCUUCUUCUCCCAUCUCUGCCGCCAUUUCAAAUACCCGCAAAGCUCUCAGUCUCUCUCUCUGUUGAGAACUUUUGCUUCGUCGCCGUCCUCCUCCACGCCGCAAGAACCAGAUCCCAUUCCCCUCUCCCUCUCCUCUGAGCUACUCAAAAACCCUGACUCGGAACCGCUUCCAAUCUCCCAAAGACUCCACCUAAGCUUUUCGCACAUCAAUCCAAUACCUUCCUUGGUCCUCUCCACACUCAAUCUCUGCCCCGAUGCCGGCCGUACGGUCCUGGGGUUUAAUCACUGGCUCAUCUCUAAAACUAGUUUCACUCACACCGAUGAAACCCUGUCCUACUUUGUCGAUUACUUCGGCCGACGCAAGGAUUUCAAGGCGAUCCACGAAGUCCUCGUGAAUGGAGUUGGACUCGCUGGGCCUAAAACCCUGGAAUCUGCCAUUGACAGGCUCGUCCGUGCCGGGAGACCGACUGAUGUGGUGUCGUUUUUCCAGAGGAUGGAGAUCGAUUACGGGCUCAAGCGAGACAAAGAAUCGCUUUUGCUGGUGGUGGAGAAGCUUUGCGGUAAUGGGUAUGCGAGUUACGCCGAACGAAUGGUGAAAAACUUGGCAAAAGAGUUUUUCCCCGACGAGAGAAUUUGCGAUUUGUUGGUGAAAGGUUGGUGCGUGGAUGGGAAGCUUGACGAGGCCAAGAGAUUGGCUGAGGAGAUGUAUAGAGGAGGGUUCGAGAUUGGGACAAUGGCGUACAACGCGAUUCUUGAUUGUGUUUGUAAGAUUUGUAGGGAGAAGGACCCGUUUCGGCUUCAUUCGGAGGCCGAGAAGGUGCUGGUCCAAAUGGAUGUUCAUGGGGUUCCAAGAAAUGUGGAGACCUUCAACGUGUUGAUCACAAACUUAUGCAAGAUUAGGAAGACUGAGGACGCCAUGAAAUUGUUUUAUAGGAUGGGAGAGUGGGGUUGUUAUCCGGAUGAGACUACGUUUCUUGUUUUAAUUAGGAGUUUGUAUCAGGCGGCGAGGGUGGGAGAAGGGGAUGAAAUGAUUGAUGGGAUGAGGUCUGCCGGGUACGGUGGCAAGCUUGAUAAAAAGGUAUAUUAUGGGUUCUUGAAGAUUUUGUGUGGCAUUGAGAGGAUUGAUCAUGCUUUGAGUGUUUUCAAGAAGAUGAAGGAGGAUGGCUGUGAGCCCGGGAUCAAGACUUAUGAUUUGUUGAUGGGUAAAUUGUGUGCUCAUAAUCGUCUCGAUAGGGCGAAUGCGCUGUUUAAUGAGGCUAGAAAAAGAGGUAUAGCCAUGGAGCCUACGGCAUAUGCGGUGGACCCAAGAUAUGUGAAGAAGAAGGUGAAGGUUGUGAAGAGUCAGAAGAAGAGGGAGACACUGCCGGAGAAGAUGGCAAGGAAGAGGAGACGGCUAAAGCAAAUUAGAUUGAGUUUUGUGAAGAAACCUAAACGAAUGAUGCGGCGAGCUUACUGAUCUCAUGUGUUUUUAGCACACUAUGUUGGGAUUAUCAAGUGUUAUAAAAAUGGUGAUCAGGUUUUAUUUUUUUGAGGUUUGAAUCAUUUGUCUGAUGAUUAUUACGUUGUUCUGAUUUUCUCUUGCUGUUUUAAUCUUAUGGUUAGCGACACUAGAAAUAAAAGUUCUUGCAACAUGGGCAAUCGUA